AUGAGGUACCUUGAAGAGAUGCGGUCGAGAGAACCACCGAUGCGGAAAUGGACUGGGGCAAGCAUCUUCUCGCUGGCCAAGGCAUCAUCAGCGGGCACAGACCCUUAUGCCGGGGACCUGCGGUUCAACACGAUCUGGGCGAGGAGCGUUGCCGAGGCCAAGCCAUGGUACAACAAGUCCGGGGCGAACGAGACCGACCCGGUGCAGGCCGUGAUCGCCAAACGCAUGGCGGCCGUCGGCUCCACCUACGGGUUCGCUAGAUCGUGGCUCUAG